AUGAAGUGCAAGAAUACAUUAGAGAGCAUGAGGUUAAUGUUCAUAAUCUUAAAAAAAAAAAGGAAGCCCAGAAAAGCUAACAAUCAAAGAGAAGAUUUUAUUCAAUGGUUUAAAACACGUGUCAUAGAAGAGGAAGUUACCGAAUGGUUGAAGGUGUUGUCUAGGGGACCAAAUGAUGUUCUUAGAAGGUAUUCUGGUUAUGUUAUUAAUGGAUACAGGUUUCAUACAACAAACUGCGAAGCAAGGCUUAAAACACAAAAUAGUGGUGUGACAUUAGAAGCCGUGACUCAAGUUAUUAGAAAUGCAAAGGAUGAAAAUCCCAAAAAGAUUUGUGUGGCUUGCUAUGGGGUAGUAAAAGAUAUUAUAGAGUUAGAUUAUUAUGGUCAUGAAAAAUAUGUAUUGUUCAAAUGUGAUUGGUUUGUGGAUGAAAAGGAUAAAUAUGGAACGCCGUUCGUUUACUUCAACAAAAAAUGCUACAAAAAUGAUCCAUAUGUGUUGGCAUCUCAAGUUCAACAGUGCUUCUUUAUUGAAGAUCCUUUAAACAAGAACAAACACUAUGUUCUAAAUGCACUUUCAAGGGAAACGUUUGACAUGGGAGAAUGUUUGGGUUCAGAUGCUCAAGAAUAUGAUAUUUCAACAAAUCUUGAUACAUUAGAGGAUGAUUGUGAAGUGGAUUUAGUUAGGAAAGACGUGUCAGAUGAUAUCUUUGAAAUUCCUUUGUCAGAACUUCACAACCAAAAAAAUUAA